CCGAGAGUUCGACCCGACGCCGGCGUCCUCUCGAGUCGGUCUAUAAAUACUUCGCUCCAAACCCUCCCCAAAUUCCGAGCGUCCUCCCCGCUCUCCUUCGCUCCAACGGGCUCUCUAACAACCUUCUCGAAAUCCCUAGACAUGGCGCAAGAAACCCUAGAAACCCUCGAGGACUGGAUGGUCUCCGCCGUCGACCGGGCAGCGCAGGAGCCCGCCGGGCCCUCGCUCUCCCGCACCGCCUCCUCCAGCCGCGGCCUCAACGCCGACGCCCCCGAGUUCGUACCUCGGGCGCCGCCGCCGGGGCAGCACCCGCGGGUGGUGAAGAUCCGCCACGGGCCACCGCCACCCCCGGUGAUCCACGUCUUCCGCCCGCCGCCACCUCCGCCCCCGACGAUGAGCCCACCAUUCAUCUCUCCGGUGACGAACCAUGGACCGUUCGAGUACUUUGGGGGCGGCGGUGCCGUCGCGGGUGGAGGAUUUGGGGAGCAUGAGGCGGUUCAGGCGGCGGUUGAUGUGGAUCCUGUUCCUCCGCCGGGUUGGGAGGGGCUCCCUGAAGAGGUUAUCCAAAAGAUCACGAAGCAGGUGGAGUACUAUUUCAGUGAUCUAAAUUUAGCUACUACGGAGCACUUAAUGAGGUUCAUCAGUAGAGAUCCUGAAGGAUUUGUGCCAAUAUCAGUAAUUGCAUCUUUUAAGAAGAUCAAGGCCUUAGUCCAUAACAAUUCAUUGCUUGCUGCUGCGUUACAGACAUCAUCAAAACUCGUUGUUAGUGAUGAUGGAAAGAAAGUUAGACGCUUGCAUCCCUUCACUGAGGGAGAUGUUGAAGAAUUGCAGUCACGUAUCGUUGUUGCUGAAAAUCUACCCGAGGAUCAUUGCUACCAAAACCUUAUGAAGGUUUUUUCAGCUGUCGGGAGUGUGAAAACAAUUCGUACCUGCUAUCCUCAGAAUCCUAAUGGCAACCCCCAUGGCACAACUGCUGCAGUUAAUAGAUCAUCAAAACUGGAAAUGCUUUUCUAUAACAAGCUGCAUGCAUUUGUGGAGUAUGAGACUGUCGAGGAUGCUGAGAAAGCUGUCACAGAGCUUAUUGAUGAGAGAAAUUGGAGAAGUGGGCUUCGAGUUCGUAUACUAUCUAAAUGCAUGACAAAACACGGGCCAGGUCGAGGCAGAAAAAUAGGACAUGAAGGUGAUGGUACUGGAGAUGAAGAUGAAAUUGCCACAACUAAUCAGCCAAAUGAGAAGCAAGUGGAUGAUCCUUCUCAGUCAUUUGAGGACUCAAUGGAGCAUGUGGGUGAGGAGAAUUUCAAUGACAAGGAUGGCAUGGCAAGGCGCGGCAAGGGGCGUGGCCCUGGAGCAAGGGGGCGUGGACGGGCGCAAUACCACCAUAAUAACAACCGUAAUGGGGGCCAUGCUCUCGGCACCCCACCUUCAAGCCACCUAAUCCAUGCUGAUCAGCAGCUAGCGGUGGCUAGUAAGCAACCACCUGGGCCCCGCAUGCCGGAUGGUACAAGGGGAUUCUCAAUGGGACGAGGGAACCCACUUUGCCCCAUCAAUACAGAUUGAUGACCUUCAACGUUAGCUUGAUACCGCUGCUACUUCGUAUGGUAUGUUGGUUGGGGUGAUUUGGAUAAGAGGGUCUGGAGGGGUGACUAUCAGGUUGAUCAAUUGCAGUUGGCAUGGUGAGCUUGUGUGAUCUUUUAGACUUAAAUUGAUUUUUUUCUUCUUCUUCUUCUUUUGGAUCCUUGCUCCCAUUAGGGGAUUUUUUUGGGUGUCGUCGAAGACUGAUUUCAGUUUGUCCUCGUCACCUUGUUUCCCUUUUUUUUUUUCCUGCUUCUGAUGCUGUUUGGCGGUUAUCAUGUAAAAAUGAAAAGAAAGAAAAUAAAGGGUGAACUGGGAAAUGGAGACCGAUAAAUAAUAUCCUCUUGGAGAGUUGAUAUAUUUUAUGUGAAGAUUUAUUAUUUUAGCUAUA